UGUGUGUGUGCGAGUGUGUGUGGGUGCACAUUGGGGCACUUUUCUCUGAUUUUUCUACCCUGACUUGUUAUCCCAGAUUCUUCGCAGAUGUUAGUACACAGUUUUUCAGCUAUGGAUCGUCACGAUGGCACCAGCAACGGGACAGCCCGGUUACCGCAGUUGGGGUCUGUAGGUCAAUCUCCCUACACCAGCGCCCCUCCACUCUCCCACACCCCCAACGCUGACUUUCAGCCCCCAUAUUUCCCUCCUCCUUAUCAGCCCAUUUACCCCCAGUCUCAAGAUCCUUAUUCCCACGUUAAUGACCCCUAUAGCCUGAAUCCCCUCCAUGCCCAGCCUCAACCCCAGCAUCCAGGAUGGCCAGGACAGAGACAAAGCCAGGAGGCCGGGCUCUUACAUACACACCGGGGGUUACCCCACCAGCUAUCCGGCCUGGACCCUCGCAGGGAUUACCGGCGGCACGAGGAUCUACUGCAUGGACCCCAUGGGCUCAGCUCAGGACUAGGAGACAUUCCUAUCCAUUCGAUACCUCAUCCUAUAGAAGAUGUACCGCAUGUAGAAGACCCGGGUAUUAACAUCCCAGAUCAAACUGUAAUUAAGAAAGGCCCCGUGUCCCUCUCCAAGUCUAACAGCAACGCCGUCUCCGCCAUCCCCAUCAACAAAGACGCGCUCUUCGGCGGGGUGGUGAACCCCAACGAGGUCUUCUGCUCCGUGCCGGGCCGCCUUUCCCUGCUCAGCUCCACCUCCAAGUACAAGGUCACGGUGGCGGAAGUGCAGCGACGCCUCUCCCCGCCCGAGUGCCUCAACGCGUCCCUGCUGGGCGGGGUGCUCCGGAGGGCAAAGUCUAAAAAUGGAGGGCGAUCUUUGAGAGAAAAACUGGACAAAAUAGGAUUAAACCUGCCAGCCGGGAGACGUAAAGCUGCUAAUGUCACCCUGCUCACAUCACUAGUGGAGGGAGAAGCAGUGCAUCUAGCUAGAGAUUUUGGGUACGUCUGUGAGACAGAAUUUCCUGCCAAAGCAGUUGCUGAAUUUCUCAACCGACAACAUUCCGAUCCAAACGAGCAAGUCACAAGAAAAAACAUGCUUCUGGCUACAAAACAGAUCUGUAAAGAGUUCACCGACCUGCUGGCUCAGGACCGAUCUCCCCUGGGGAACUCUCGGCCCAACCCUAUUCUGGAGCCAGGCAUCCAGAGCUGCCUGACCCACUUCAACCUCAUCUCUCAUGGAUUCGGCAGCCCUGCGGUGUGUGCCGCCGUUACCGCCCUGCAGAACUAUCUCACCGAGGCGCUCAAGGCCAUGGACAAAAUGUACCUCAGCAACAACCCCAACAACCACACAGACAACAGCACCAAAAGCGGCGACAAAGAGGAGAAGCACCGAAAGUGAGGAUUUCCCCCCUUCCUGCAUCCAUCCAUCCAUCCAUCCAUCCAUCCAUCCAUCCAUCCAUCCCCCUCCUAGCUCCCUCCCUCCCUCUCCAAUCACCCCAGGCUACAGCAACAAAAUCAAUGCCCUUCUGCCCAUCCUGUUCUCUAACUCUGCAGGACUAUGCUGUCCUUCCUCCCUUCCAGCCUUCAGCACUUCAUUUGCUCCCAGUUACUUCCCCACACCUCCUUACCCCGGUUUGGAGCCUGAGAGAACAGAAAUGGGCGAUGGAGCCAGCAAAGAAAAAAGUUCUGUCUGAAUUUGUGAACUUUAAAAAAAAACAAAAACAAAAACUAAAAGAGGAAAAAAAGCAAAACAAA